CGUGGCGUUCGUAUUAAGCCAGUGCGUACUCCGAAUCGCGUGUUCCGAACCGGCAAACUGACGACGGGACCGGAAACGUGGUGAAGAAGACCGCGCGGAUUCAUCGCCCUGACUCGCGUCUGUUCCGACGGCGCCCGAAGCGACACGAAACGCCAAACAAAAGAUUCCUUUGUUUUUCGGUGUACCUUCGAUUGUUAUACAUUUAGUGUUUUGGUGCACGUGGCUGCUGCGAAUCGUGCACGAAUUCGGUGUAUCCGGACCUGCGCAUAGAAGAUGUCAACGCGACGGGCCGAUUGAGAAGAGUUGCGAUGCCGUAGUCGUCGCUAUGACCGAGAGCCGGUGCUACACGGAUUCGCCCGUGCUCGCCGAACAUCAGCCCUUCAACCGUAAUGGGAAGGCGCUCAGGGGAUCUAAGAAGAGCGUGCUGUUCUAUACGACCGACUGCGGAGACGAAAAAGAAGACCUGGGUCUCAAGCUUCAGCAACGAUCCGUCUCGUUGACCGCGUUACACACCGGAGUUGGUGCCCAGCAGCAGCAGCUAUUGGAACCCAGGAUGGCGCAAUUGGAGACUUUAGAGGCUAAGAUGGCCAGUAUAGAAGUGUCGUUGUCGACGACACCAAGGCGGAAGAAAGGCGGCAGUAUUUCCGGGGGUGUCCCGUCCCCCGCUGGUCACCGGAACAGAGAUCAUUACAAAGAAUUGGAUGCUCUCCGCGUGGCUCUACGCGACAAAGAAAACAUCAUACAGACGCUCAAGGGCCAGCUUUGCAACACGCUGAGCGGCAGACUGGCAUUACGCAACGGCGCGCCACCCUUGACCGAGGCCGACAGGAAAGCGGCCGAAGAGCGGCUUCAAAGACUGCGACGGGACGCCGACAAUAAGCGUCUGGCCAUUAAGAACCUGAAACUCGCACUCGAACGUCUCGAUAUCACGGACAACAUCGAUGUUCGAAUACAGCAAGCAGAAUUGGAAUAUAGACUAGGUCGUGAGGAACUUGAACUACUAACUCUUCAUGAGGAAAGCAGAGCUUUGCAAACCGCCUUGGAAUUGGCUGAAACUCAAGAAAAACAAAAGAAUGAUACAAUAUACAGUUGCAUUUCUGGUUCUACGCAAGUCACGAUUCAUGCGGUAGAAGUCAGCGCGGAUCCGAAAAGUCCCCGUUUUGGAGCAGGCCCUAGAGACGAUGCAAUCGGUCUCUACGUCGAUUGGGCCGUGGAGGAUUCCGGUCUUUGUAAGGGAGACAGGAUCUUAGAAGUAAAUGGAAAACUUGUGGUAGGAGCAGGCAGGAGCGAUCUGGCACGUCUUUUAGCCGUCGCUCCCGACGCCGCACAAAUAGUGGUCCUUCGAAAGGGAGAAUCCCUUGCAGCGUUGCGUACCCUGCGUUCUGAUAAUCUCAGGCUGACGCAUAGAAUCGGGUACCUCGAGGAACAGGUCAGAGAUCUUUUGGCGCCGAGCAGAACCGAAGUUCCCACUGAAGAUCCACCGCCAAGUCGUCAGGAACAUGUGCAGGUUUUUCAGAAGGGGCCUCAAGUGACGGCACUUGUGGCGAAUCUACCUGGUCUUAAUGUGAGAAGUUGCACGGAACUGCGGCAGAGUCUGCCGACCGUCCGAAGUAGACAUAGCGAUCAGUCCAGGCGCCUGACGGAUUCGAGGAACCAGCGCGAGUUCGACUUUUCGUCCGAUGGGGUAGCGAACGGUCAUCACAAGUCCCGGAACCGACAAAAACAUCAAGGACUCCAGUUGGCCAGGUCAACAGCCAGUCUCGAUUGCAAACAGUCGCCGAUGCAGGUGCAGCGUCGAAGAUCACCGCGUGUCGAGUCUGCAAUGGAACAUUUGCACAAAAAUCGCAAGAGUGGCUCGCAAUUACAAUCCCUGGAGUUUGAUUCCGAACCUACUUAUUAUCGUUUGCAGGAUUCCCAGUCUCGCACGUCGGAGAAUUCAGAAAUAUCGGCGGUGUACAAUUCCCAAGAGGCGAAGACUCGUCCUGCGCCACCGAAGAAACCAUUGCGGCUCUCCCUGCAUCGUGCAGCAAGUCUUCAGUCCGUAGAAAGCGCACCGCCAGUCGCGUCACAGCAUGAUAUAGCGCGAAAGCCGACGAAGAGAAACCACCGAGGUGAUCCACCUAUAGAAAAGACUGCAUUGCGACCUGAGAUGAACGGGAACGGGAACGUGAACUCUCAAGAGUCUCACGCCGGUCCACCGCAGCCACCCCCAAGGACGCCCUCCAGGGCAGAAUCAUGUCAAAGCGCCCUGCGAUGGCCCUCUCCUAAGCCAAGAGCGCACUUAACGUCCGUGCCAAUGGAGAAAUGGUGUUGAACCUCUUGGGAAUUUACGGACGUUUCUCGGAUGAAGAGAAUAAAAGAAAGAAAAAAGAGAAAACAGAGAAAUAAACAGAAACAGUUUCCGAGAUAACUAGAAAUUUUGAAAGCAUAAUAGCAAAUUGCGAAAAAAAAAACGAAAGUAAUGUUGAUAUUAUUAAUAAAUAGAGAAACGAUGUAUGAAAGUUUUAUCUAAUAGAUUCUUAAGACAUUCAAUUUGGAAUUGAUUACGUUACACACUGACAAUGCGUUAAAGAUAGAAUUCAAUGCGCCUGCUUUAUCAAUUCAAUGACUAACGCAUUCUACAUUAAUUAGUUCUAAGUGUAUAGUAUAAAAUAUAUUUUUAGUAUAAUAAUUAUGGUAUAUCAUAUCAGGAAUGCAAGGAUAGAAUUUAAGAUCAAUGUUUAUAACGAAGUUUAUCUUAGUUUGUUUCUUUCU